AUGGAGGCAUUUACUUCAAGUAGCCAGGAGAAAGACAACGGUGAACACACCCUCGACCAGACUUGCGACAACAAUCUAGCAUCAUAUGGUUCUGAUGUAUCUGGCAACACAGAAGGAGCAAACCUGGCACAGUCUAGUGAGUCUACCCAGCCAGAGAACAUGACAUCGCAGAGCCUGAUGUCUAGGAAACACAUCGAGGAUGCUCUCAAUCAGAUCCUGGAUGAUGUCAAGAACAAGAGAGAGAAUGACCUGCACAUUCUGUCAGAUGUCAAGAAGGAAAUAAUGAACCAGGCAACACGUGUGUGUCAGAUGCUAGAGGUGUACAUGACCCAUCUACAUGUGACCAGAAGUGAGCAGCUCGACAAGCAGAUGCUGAUGCUGAUGUCCACUCUAACCAAAAUCCAGAAGCUGGAAUCUGAGCUGGACAAAUCCAAGAAAUCUUUAAGUCUUCUUUAUGAGGAUAUUCAAGGCAGUUCUCCGUUCAUGUAA